GCCCGCCGCGGGGAGGAGCGGCCCGGACGCCGCCGGGGGACGACCGGACGCGGGGUGGCCGGCUCCCCCAGGUUAGGACUGUCUGCGCUGCAUCAAUGGAGCACGUACAGGGAGCCUGGAAGGCGAUCAGCAAUGGUUUUGGACUGAAAGACGCAGUGCUCGAUGGUUCCAGCUGCAUCUCUCCAACAAUAGUCCAGCAGUUUGGCUAUCAGCGCCGGGCGUCAGAUGAUGGCAAACUCACAGAUUCUUCUAAGACAAGCAACACUAUCCGUGUUUUCUUGCCAAAUAAGCAAAGAACAGUGGUCAAUGUGCGAAAUGGAAUGAGCCUGCAUGAUUGCCUUAGGAAAGCUCUCAAGGUGCGGGGCCUCCAGCCAGAGUGCUGUGCUGUGUUCAGACUUCUCCACGGACACAAAGGUAAAAAAGCACGUUUAGAUUGGAAUACUGAUGCUGCCUCUUUGAUUGGAGAAGAACUUCAAGUAGAUUUUCUGGAUCAUGUUCCCCUCACAACACACAACUUUGCUCGGAAGACGUUUCUGAAGCUUGCAUUCUGUGACAUUUGUCAGAAGUUCUUGCUAAAUGGGUUUCGAUGUCAGACUUGUGGCUACAAAUUUCACGAGCACUGUAGCACCAAAGUACCUACGAUGUGUGUGGACUGGAGUAACAUCAGACAGCUCUUGCUGUUUCCCAAUUCCACUAUUGGUGAUAGUGGGGUUCCAGCACUACCUUCUUUGACAAUGCGGCGGAUGCGAGAGUCUGUCUCCCGAGCGCCUCCCAGCACCUACCACAGGCAUUCCACGCCCCACGCCUUCACUUUCAAUGCCUCCAGCCCCUCCUCCGAAGGCUCCCUGUCCCAGAGGCAGCGGUCCACCUCUACACCCAAUGUCCACAUGGUCAGCACCGCCCUGCCUGUGGACAGCAGGAUGAUCGAGGAUGCAAUUCGAAGUCACAGUGAAUCAGCCUCUCCUUCAGCCCUAUCCAGCAGCCCUAACAACCUGAGCCCCACAGGCUGGUCCCAGCCCAAACCCCCCGUGCCGGUACAAAGGGAGCGGGCACCAGGAUCCGGAAUGCAGGAGAAAAACAAAAUUAGGCCUCGUGGACAGAGAGAUUCAAGCUAUUACUGGGAGAUUGAAGCCAGUGAAGUGAUGCUGUCCACUCGGAUUGGGUCUGGCUCCUUUGGCACCGUGUAUAAGGGCAAGUGGCAUGGCGAUGUUGCAGUGAAGAUCCUGAAGGUUGUCGACCCAACCCCAGAACAGUUCCAGGCGUUCAGGAACGAGGUUGCUGUGCUGCGCAAAACCCGGCAUGUGAACAUACUGCUCUUCAUGGGGUACAUGACGAAGGACAACCUGGCCAUCGUGACGCAGUGGUGCGAGGGCAGCAGCCUCUACAAACACCUGCACGUCCAGGAGACCAAGUUCCAGAUGUUCCAGCUCAUUGACAUCGCGCGGCAGACGGCCCAGGGGAUGGACUAUCUCCAUGCAAAGAACAUCAUCCACAGAGACAUGAAAUCCAACAAUAUAUUUCUCCACGAAGGCCUCACGGUGAAAAUUGGAGACUUUGGUUUGGCAACGGUGAAGUCGCGCUGGAGUGGUUCUCAGCAGGUUGAGCAGCCCACUGGCUCUGUGCUAUGGAUGGCCCCUGAAGUGAUCCGAAUGCAGGAUAACAACCCGUUCAGCUUCCAGUCGGAUGUCUACUCCUACGGCAUCGUGCUGUACGAGCUGAUGACCGGGGAGCUGCCCUACUCCCACAUCAGCGACCGAGACCAGAUCAUCUUCAUGGUGGGCCGAGGGUACGCCUCACCAGAUCUCAGCAGGCUGUACAAGAACUGCCCCAAAGCAAUGAAACGGCUGGUGGCUGACUGUGUGAAGAAGGUGAAGGAGGAGAGGCCCCUCUUCCCCCAGAUCCUGUCUUCCAUUGAGCUGCUCCAACACUCUCUGCCGAAAAUCAACCGGAGUGCGUCUGAGCCUUCCCUGCACCGCGCAGCCCACACCGAGGACAUCAACUCUUGCACGCUGACCACGUCCCCGCGGCUGCCGGUCUUCUAGCUGACUUUGCACCUGUGCUCUGGCCACCCAGGGAGGAAGGAGGGAGCGGGCACUUUUCUGUCCCCUUUCUUUGGGAGCACAGUGCAUGCUUUCAGAGGAGCUGCUGCUGCUGCUGCUAAGGACCAUCUAGACAACUCACGGGGCCUUACCAUCACGGAUGUUGCCUUCUUUUCUACCUGAUCCUGGAGAAGGAAGCCACUCCCAGGCUGGCCAAUCCUGCUCCUGCUCCUGGCCCUGCCCAGAGCCUCCCUUGGUUCAGUGGCAUGGAAGCUGGGCUCUGGCUGUCAGAUGAACGUCCAGGGCACAAAGCUGUCCAGCCCACUGCGGGGACACGGGGCUGUGGAUGUGGGCUUUUCACAGUGGUGCGUGGCCAAACAGUUUUGCACGUAAUGCACCAAACAGCCCCGGACUGCUGCGCCAGCCGCCCGGAGGAGCCUGCUUUGGUACUAAGGAGUGUGACUGGGGGACACAGCCUCCUUCCCGGCGCCCACAGCUGACCUUGUGGGGAGGCAAGGUGCUCCACCAGCCCCCCUGGGAGCAGCCUCCCCUCCCCAGCCGUUCCCCCCCCCCCCCAUGCUCGGUUUGUCUUCCAGGAGUUGCCCCUGUGGGGCGGGCCACGGGCCAGCCCUGCCUAUAGUCACAUCACAUCUGCAAGAAAGCCAGGAAAUACAGGUUUUCUUAAUGAUUUGGGUUUUAAUUAAUUUUGUUUAUUGCGUCUGACAAGAUACAAGUUAUCUGAUGACUCCUCAAUGAUGUUAUUUUAAUAAAAUAAAUUAAGUUUA